AUGGAACCUGACUGCCUAGAUGGCCGGAAGUGCUCUCUAACAGCUGCGGCAUAUGGGGACAAAAAACGACUAACAACUGCCUCAGUCUUGGCUCUGAGAGACUGGAGGACUGACCUGACGAAAGCGUGCACACUGGGAUAUCCCCCUGCUCAGGUUAUGCUGUGACCUCAGUGCCUUAUGCUGCCCUGCAGCCCGCCCAAGGGCCCUAUUGGCACCACCUCAGACCCAUUGUCCAUACACCCAAAGUAGUUCCCGAGUACCGGAACACCCGAAGGCCUACGGUUCUACCGCAAGUAGCAAGGGUACCCAUGGACACGACAGUGGCUCUCCUCACGGCCUGGGCUUGA